CACCUUCAACAACGUGUGGAAUCAGAAUGGAAGGUUGAAGUUGGUUGUUACUACUUUAUUUUUCGUAGUAGUGUUUACAAGUGGUGUGUGGCGCGGCGGAUCAGCUGAUGACGCAAGGCAGUGAGUGAGCGAGUGAGGGCGGUGGAACUCUAGCAGAGGUAAACAGCCGCCCGGACACUACGGACAUAGCAUUCUUUACUCCCAUACCAGGCCGGGGAUUACAUCUGGCCGGUGUCCACUCUUCGUAUAAACCGUCCUCUCUCUUUCAAGCUUGACAGAAUAGACUGAAAUAUAAAGAAAAGUAGAGGAGUGCCAAAAAAAGGAGGAUGACAACUGGCGGGAGGGUGGUGCUGGUGGCGGCGGUGUUGGUAGUGGGCGUAUUGCUGCAGCCGUGUUGGGCGAGCUUCUUCGGCAGCGGCAAAGUUAACACCAAGAGGGACACUGCUGCUGGAGAGAGGUGUUUCUGCCAGCUGAAGGGUGCUAUUGAUGACUGUUCGUGUUCAGUGGAGACGAUAGACAGUUUCAACAAUCUGAAGAUAUACCCACGACUCAACAGUCUCCUGCAGCAGGUCUUCUUUAGGUACUGGAAGGUAAACCUGAACAAGAAGUGUCCAUUCUGGGAGGAUAACAGUCAGUGUGCCAUUCGUUACUGCAGUGUUCAGCCGUGCACUGAUCAAGAAGACAUUUCAUCAUCUGAGAAGCAUGAAAUCCCUCAAAGCUCGUCCAAUAACCUUUCAAGACUGAUAGAAAACUUUGUUGAAGGUGCAAAGUCAUGUGAGAAGGUUCCUGAAGGCCUCAAGGGAAGAGCCGUAGAGCCAGAGAAGUCCCAGAAGGAGGUGAAAUCCCUAGGCAGUGGAGGCUGUGAUGAUGAGAAUGACUUGGGCUUUCUCAACACAACACUCAGCAAGGAAUCUAUGGAUGACUUUGUGAAGUGGGCAGCCCAUGACAGCUUCUGUUACAUUGAUGACGAUGACUCUGAGGGCAGCGAGUAUGUGGACCUGUUGCUGAACCCAGAGCGCUACACAGGCUAUGCUGGUCCAUCUGCCCACCGCAUCUGGAGGUCCAUUUACCAGGAAAAUUGUUUCAAGCCAUCCAGGAAUCUAGGACCAUAUGCUGACUUCAGUAACAUUGGAGCUGAUGAGUUCCUGCAGGACAUGUGCCUGGAGAAACGUGCAUUUUACCGAGCUGUUUCUGGUCUUCACAGCAGCAUCAACAUUCACUUGUCUGCUCGAUAUCUGCUCUCAGACCAGAAUGGGUUUGAUGUAUCUGCUGAAGGCAUUUGGGGACCCAAUGUGGAGGAGUUCCAGCGCAGAUUUGACCCAGAGCUGACAGGUGGCGAGGGACCCAAGCGUCUCAAGAACCUCUACUUCCUGUAUUUACUUGAGCUGAGAGCUCUUGCCAAAGCAGCACCAUAUUUGCAAACUCAAGAAUUCUACACCGGCAGUGAAGAAGACGACAGGGAUGUCAAAAAGGCCGUCACAGACCUGCUCUCCAUUGUGAAGAGCUUUCCUGACCACUUCAACGAGCACUCAAUGUUCACGGGGGGACUCCAGGCAGCCAAGCUCAAGGAGGAGUUCCGAGAGCACUUCCGUAACAUCAGCAGGAUCAUGGACUGUGUGGGGUGUGACAAGUGUCGUCUUUGGGGCAAACUCCAGAUCACUGGGUUAGGGACAGCACUGAAGAUCUUGUUCUCAGGCAACUUUGACCACCCAGUUGACCAGCAGCUCAACCUGUCAGCAGUGAGACAGACUAACUUCCAACUGUCAAGAGAGGAAGUUGUUGCUCUAUUCAAUGGAUUUGGAAGGCUAAGCCGCAGCAUUCUGGAGUUGGAGAAUUUCCGGCAGAAAAGUCAAAGAUAAUAAAGGAAGGAAUGGUGCUGAAGAGGAGCUCAUUCUGUGAUAUUUAUUGUACUUCCUGUUCUUGGUUACAAAUAUUACUGAUUGAUCCACCAACAUCUUCUGGGCCUGCUGAUGGUUCAGGUGUACCUUGUCCUACUGUGUACACUGAGGGAAGAUACCCAUUAGGAAGUACGUACACACACACACACACACACACACACACACACACACACACACACACACACACACACACACACACAUAUUGGUACUUUAGGCUUUUAUAACUAGACUGGCAUACCAAGUGAAUGCUGUUGGCAGUACAAGAGGUUAAUUAAUCAAGCACUGUAUGGUUGUAAUCAUCAAUGAUGUAUGUUAAAGACUUCACCUAGUCCUUCAUAGGGAAUAGUGUACUGUAGGUGUUUUAUUGUGACAGUUGGAUAAAGGGAAAAAAAAAUAUCCUGUGUGACUUAUUAUGCAUUUUACAUUUUAGCUUUGAAAAAUAGAAGUUACAGAUUUCUUACUGCAGGUUUCAUGUACUGCAGACUGUUAAAGCUUGUAGGAGCUUAGAAAAUUAAGCUGGGUUCAGUUUUACUGUGUAUGUUUAUUUCAAGGAUGUAGGUGUCAAACUUUUGUUUUUGUUUUUGUUUUUGACAUUGUUGAAGUUGCAAGAUUUUGUUGCUUUAGAUAUUUAUUUAAGAAUUAUUUGUUGAUGGUGUCUGUCUGUUAUUAUUUUUAAGUAUUCUCUUGGAUUAUAUUUUUAAUGAUCUAAUACUGUAAUGUUCAGUAACACUACUUAGAUUAUUGUCUGAUUGAUCAUCUUUGUCAUAAAAAACACAUUCAUCAUCAUAUAUUGAACCUCUCUCUCUCUCUCUCUCUCUCUCUCUCUCUCUCUCUCUCUCUCUCUCUCUCUCUCUCUCUCUCUCUCUCUCUCUCAUCCUUGACAUGCUUAUGUUAGCUUGGCAUAUGUAACUAAUGCUUGAUAUUUCAUUACCAUUUAUUUAUUCCAUUGAUAUUCUCUUCAUGGUAUUGUGUUAUAGAUGCAAACCAGUAAAAGGUGGAUCAGCCACCUAGAUAGAAUGGCAGAAGGUUAAAUGGCUAGUGAAGUAUGUAUGAGUGUGGUAGAGGAAGACAUAGUGAAAUACAAGGACCAUGUAGGUGUACAUGAGAAGAAAGAAUGAGAGGACUACAUUAAAUAUACAAGGAAGAAAUCUCUGACACUUAUAAAGUAUGACAUGGAGGAAGGAAGAGUGAGCAGAGCAUGAUGGAUUUAUUCCUCUGUAACUUUGAGGAACUUGACAACUUAGGAUUGACUAACUAUCUCUUACCCCAGCUUAUACUGUGAAUGGAAUAUUUGCAGUCUUACUGAAAGUGGCAACUAUGAGCAUCCCUGAUAUUCUAGUCUUAGUGCAACUUGGCUCAAUACAUACAUAUAUCAGUAUACCUAUAUACCAGACCAACAAUUGCACAUUGGAUGGCCCAGACAGACCACGACACAUUCAUACACACUUCAUUCAUACUCUUAUCCCUGUUUGCCUUUGGAGCAAGAGACAGUCACAGUCUCAUUGACCAUCUUACUACACUGCAGGAGGCUAAGCAUAGCAAUACAUAAAAAAUAUCAUAUAAUCAUUACAUCUAAAAGUUGCACCAUUACUUGCUAUUUCAUCAGGAAUAGGCAUGCUCCUCUACUUGCCAGUGAAGUGGUAUGAAGGCCACCGUCCACCAAGGCUGUUCUUGCACAGUAUAUAUAUAAAAAAAUAAAUAAAUAAAAAAAAAAAUUAGCAAGAAAUAAUAAAUAACCAAUGGUGCACUAAUAUUAAUAACUCCUGUGUAAUACUAUAUUUCUCAGCCAUUUUUGUAUUUGUAUACUUUGCUCCAAUCAUAAUCAUGUGUAAGAUUUUUGUUUCAUGAUUUCCAUACACAGUUAUUUUCUCAUCACAAAUAUGCAGUUCCUUGAAGCUUUAGCUUCCUCACAGUAAUACACUUGAAAUACAUACAGCACUUGUGUGCGUGCAUCACGACCAAACCAUCUCAUCUGCAACAUUUCAUUUCCAUUGAUUUGCAUUAUCAUUUACUACUGUAACUUGCAGUGUAGCAAUCACCAUGCUCAUUACUUGCAUCUUCACAUGUGUGCAGUCUUUUCAAGCUAGAGGAUUGAAGUUAGUUUGCUGAUUGCAUGCAUUCCCUCUAUACAGAUAGGAAUUAGUUUCUGUACUGUACAAGUUGUACAAUUCUUGUCUCACUUGCCUCUUCUUUGCUUGGUGCUGUGCAAAAGUUCUACCAAUUCUAAAAGUGGUAGAAUCUGUAAUAACUCCAGCUUCUACUUGUAGCUGGACCUCAAGACGAGUCAGUUUACUAAAGAUAUUUUGUAUCUUUCAGAUUAUGGAUAAGUAAAUACCAAAUCUGUGCUAGUAUUAUAGGACAUAAUGAAUUGUAAGAAUAUCACAUAAACCUUUCUCUAGCAUUUCAUCAUACUGAAAAAUUUUACCUAGUAACUUAGUAUGAUAACAAACUAAAUUUACAUGUAAAAUAAUUGUUAUAGAUUUUCAUGCAACAAAUGUUUACUUAAUUUUAUUUGGAUGUAAUUUUUCGAAUUGCUGUGGAUAUUUUCAUUUACUUUUAUUGGAGAAAUGAGAAAAAGAAAAUUCGAGUAGCAGACAAUGUGAAUGUUGUCUUAGCACUCAUUAAGUUUUUGCAGAAUAUAGACACAUGGUUGACAUGUAAUUCACACCAGCAUAUGUCUACUUAUGACUCGCCCAACUUUAGAACACUUCCAAUACAAAAUUGAUUGCAAACAUCACCUUUAGAUGUCUACAAAACACAAACAUGAUUUCUGCAGUGUUCUGUUUACCUGCAACACUGACUGACCCCGAGUCUUGUGGAAUCCUAGCUUGUGGCCAAUGGCCAUUGCCAGUUUCUUGGUUGGUGCAAGCUUUGCCUAAUAAGAUGUCUACAUACAUUACAGCUGUUUUGAAGCAUGUGGAUGUUGUCUGUUGCAUGAGUAAAGUUUAUGUUGCAGCAAGCAGAAUUUUUCUAUGGACAGUCCCCAUGUAUCUUCAGUUGCAACCUUUAAACUGAUUUUGAAAAUCUUUAUAAAUACACGUGCUGAAUACAGAAAUAAGAUUAGCAUAGUAUUUUGUCUAACAUUCUUCUCACAAAGAACUGUAUCCUUAUGGCUGCUGGCAUCAGCAGGUCAUUUUUGUGUCCUUAACUGUACAGUGACUGCAAACAUUGCAAGCCUCAUUAUUCCUUACUAUUAUCUGUUCAAAUGAAGAACCACCGUAAAUUCUUGUGCAUGAUUAGUUUUACAUGUGGAUAUAUCUUCCCACUUUUCUUUCAUGUGCAUAUUUUAUGAUUAUUGAUUGUGUGAUUAACAAUACGUUUGACUGAUGAGCACUGCGUGGAAAGGGACAUGGUUGGUCUAUGAAUUUGACUCUGCAUGACCAUUUACUAUAAUGAGCACAUGUACUGUACAGGAGAAACUGAUGCCACAACUCACCUAGUUACAGCAUCUUGAGAAGAGUAUGCACAGAUAUCUCACACAACUAGCUACUUCACAUCAAACGUAGUAUAUCUGCAUGUAACUGUGGCUUCUGUCAGUCAUGGAUGGCUCUUUGCUUUUCCAAAGGGCCAGUGACUGUUCCUCCUCCAAAUCUAUUUAUGCAACAGAAACUGAGUUUGAUAACCAUUUACAGGCUUUCUAAUGGGAAUAUUUUUCACAGACAAGUAGCUUGUGUAUGUAUCCAGUUUGUUAAUGAAAGCAAACAACUGAAGACUUUGUACUUUGAAAAAAAAAAAAAAUUAGUGAAACUAAAACAAAAUCAAUUGAUUAA